CGGUAAUUUUGCAGCUCCUGGGGGUUUUACUAUUUCUCUCCCUCUCUCUCUUGGGGGUUUUAGACUGGAAAAGAAAAACAAAGAUCCGAGAGUGUCACCGGAGCUCAGAUCGCCAUGGACGUCAUCAAGACUCAGCAAAUAUCGGCGAGGUCGAUCGAGAAGGUGAUAGUUCACCCGCUGGUGCUACUCAGCAUCGUCGACAACUACAACCGAGUCGCCAAGGACACUCGCAAACGAGUCGUCGGAGUCCUUCUCGGAAGCACUUACAAAGGCGUCGUCGACGUCUCCAACAGCUACGCAGUGCCGUUUGAAGAAGAUGAUAAAGACCCUAGCAUUUGGUUUCUUGACCACAACUACCAUGAAGCAAUGUACUCUAUGUUCAAGAGAAUCAAUGCAAAGGAGCACGUCGUAGGUUGGUAUAGUACGGGGCCGAAACUACGAGAGAAUGAUCUUGAUGUUCACAGCUUAUUCCACAACUAUGCCCCAAAUCCUGUAUUGGUCAUUAUUGACGUCCAGCCAAAGGAGCUGGGAAUACCCACCAAAGCAUACUAUGAUGUCGAAGAAGUUAAAGAGAAUGCAACUCAAAAGAGCCAGAAGAUUUUUGUUCAUGUACCCUCUGAAAUUGCUGCUCAUGAGGUUGAGGAAAUCGGAGUGGAACACUUAUUAAGGGAUGUGAAGGAUACAACCAUCAGCACACUUGCAAAUGAGGUUACUGGAAAAAUUACUGCUCUAAAGGGUUUGGAUGCACGGUUACGAGAAAUCCGCAGUUAUCUAGAUCUUGUGAUUGAUGAAAAGCUUCCACUAAAUCAUGAGAUACUUUACCAUUUGCAGGACGUGUUCAAUCUGCUUCCAAAUCUUAAUGUGGCUGAGUUAGUUAAGGGAUUUGCAGUAAAAACAAAUGAUAUGAUGUUGGUUAUAUAUCUUUCUUCUCUCAUUCGUAGUGUCAUCGCCCUCCACAACUUGAUCAAUAACAAGAUGCUCAACAAAGAACAUGAGAAAGCUGAGGAUGCGAAGCCAGCAACAGCCCCAUCUGCCUCUGCAAGCUGAAAGUCAUGAUUUAGUGGUGAUUUGGAGAGUAUCAGCCGUGAUCUAUUGCAACCAAUUUGAUCCUUUACUAUAGUUUCUAUAGAAAAUUUUGUAUUCCCAAUAUAGACAGAGCUUGCAGGUUGAGAUAUUUUUGUCAUGGACAGUGUUAGCAUUGCUAAGUAACACCCCCGCAUUGAAGUGUAGACUCCUGCUAAAUUUAUCAAUUGACCAUUGUUUGCAUCUA